AGUGUCACAGCUGCAUCACUGGGGAAACAUACUGAGAGUGCGGCAUCAGCACCUUUUUCAGCCUUUUGAACAGGACUUAGCUGGAACCCUUUUGUAUUUACGUUGAUAGCACAUUAUUUUCAUCUGAUAAUUCUGGCUGAUGGAUUAAUGGUUUACUGGCAACAGCCACUGAUCUCAGCACAGGCUCAGGAUAUGCCAAUGGACAGAAGAAGGACAACAUUAAGAUUGCAAAGGCCUUUUUAACCAAGUGCCCGCAGACCUGACUCCAGAAGAAGUCAUAGAGCUAGAAAACAUCCGACAACGCAAGCAGGAGCUCUUGGCUGACAUUCAGCGGUUGAAGGAUGAGAUAGCAGAGGUUACGAAUGAAAUUGAAAACCUAGGUUCAACAGAAGAGAGAAAAAAUAUGCAACGAAAUAAGCAAGUGGCCAUGGGCCGGAAGAAAUUCAAUAUGGAUCCCAAGAAGGGGAUUCAAUUUCUGAUUGAAAAUGAGCUGUUGAAGAAUACUCGAGAGGAUAUUGCGCAGUUUCUGUACAAAGGAGAGGGACUAAACAAGACUGCAAUUGGGGAUUACCUAGGAGAGAGGGAUGAAUUCAAUGUCAAAGUUCUUCAUGCAUUUGUGGAGCUUCAUGAAUUCACAGACUUAAAUCUGGUGCAGGCUUUGCGGCAAUUUUUGUGGAGCUUCCGAUUACCUGGAGAGGCACAGAAGAUUGACCGAAUGAUGGAAGCUUUUGCACAGAGAUACUGUCAUUGUAAUCCUGGAGUCUUUCAGUCCACUGAUACCUGCUAUGUGUUAUCUUUUGCGAUUAUCAUGCUGAAUACUAGUCUACAUAAUCCAAAUGUUAAGGAUAAACCCAGUGUGGAGAGGUUCAUUCUGAUGAACAGAGGAAUAAAUGAUGGUGGUGACUUACCUGAAGAACUACUACGUAAUCUGUAUGAAAGUAUUAAGAAUGAACCGUUCAAAAUUCCAGAAGAUGAUGGCAAUGACUUGACCCACACAUUCUUCAAUCCAGAUCGAGAGGGCUGGCUCCUCAAACUAGGAGGUGGAAGAGUGAAAACGUGGAAACGCCGUUGGUUCAUUCUGACUGACAACUGCUUGUAUUACUUUGAAUACACCACGGAUAAAGAACCCAGAGGAAUCAUUCCACUUGAAAACCUCAGCAUUCGUGAAGUAGAGGAUUCAAAAAAGCCAAAUUGCUUUGAGCUCUACAUUCCAGAUAACAAAGACCAGUUUAUUAAGGCCUGCAAGACUGAGGCAGAUGGGCGAGUGGUAGAAGGAAGUCAUACAGUUUACAGGAUAUCUGCACCAACCCCAGAGGAGAAAGAUGAAUGGAUAAAAUGUAUAAAGGCGGCAAUCAGCAGAGACCCUUUCUAUGAAAUGCUGGCAGCAAGAAAGAAGAAAGUUUCCUCAACUAAGAAGCAUUAGAAUGACGGCAUUUUAUGCUACUUGAUUCAAGUAUCUUUCUAACAUUGACCAUUUUGACCCAAAGAGGUCUGUUUUCAAGUGUCAGUAACCACAGUGCAUUCUAGGGCUGGGUAUGUGCUUGUGCUGGAACGAAGUGCUGAAAGUUAGAAGGCUCUUCUGUUGCCUACUCCUCAACUAAUGAAGAUAUAGUUUUUACUCAAAAAAAAAAUCUCUCAAUAUUUCUCUCUGCACAGCUGGUCUGUUUGUGGAGUCCAGGGCCGCUACUUUACCUCCUCAAAGCUUUAUAUUUCUUAUCAAGAAGCUCUUGAUUUAACAUUUUUUUUUGGAAGGGGCCUAUGAUUCUAUCAGCCAUAUUCAAGGACUGGUAUGAUUGAAAAUCCAUGUCAGCUCUAGAAGCCCAUACAUAGAAAGCUAUGAAAAACAUUCAUCUUGGAAAGUUAUUAAGGUCAGGAUGUCAGUGUUUCAUAUGCCAGUGGACAGUGUGACAGGUGUUGGGCUAUGAUUCAUGAUGUACUAGUAAUAUGAGGGUGUAUAACUGGUCCAGACUGCUGGAGCGAGAUAAGUGCCGACAUGGAAAUCGGAAAAUGAGGAUUUUCCUGGAAUGAAGCCAGUUACAUUAUAACUGAAAAAAAACGCGCAAGAAGAAUCGUCUGUCCUUCAGACAGUACACUUUGAUUUAAUUUUUUAAUUGAAGCUUUUUGUUAAUAUAUGUUUUACUUUUUCUUGUUGAUUUCCACUAUUCAGUGCACUGGUGAACAAUUGCAGGAAAAUAAAGAGAUGACUAAGCAGUAUUAGUCUAUUUAUCAGAGCUGUAUAUACUUAAUGUAAAAAUUUUCUUUUUGUACUUAUUCAAUUGAUUUUAAGUUGUGAGGAUAAAUUGUUGGAGUAAUUUUUCAGUCUUUGCCAUUCAUACUUGUAGCACUGACAAACCAGGUCAAAUAAAUCAAAUUCUCUGUAAUGAACAGUAAGGUCUACUUCCUGUACUUUUAACUGUACACUGCUUAAUGUCCUAAAGAAAACUUCAUCCUCAUCAGCUGAAUACCCAUUUCCUGUGUGACAUUUCUGUAUUUCUGUCAGUGAAAUUGUUUGAUUCUGUUAUAUGUAAACAUUAAAAGGUUUAAAUUGUGAUACCAAUUUUUACAUGAUUUAUAAAAUAUAUGAAAUGCUUCCUUUGACAUUUGGUGGCAUAUAUUACUUAAACUUGAUUUUGUUAAAGCGUAUUGCAUUUUUUAUUGUUCAGAUUGAAAAUACUAGAUGCAAUGAUGUUCGGUUCAGAAAGGAACUUAACAUUUUUUUAUUAAUCACCUUGGACAGGCUGGCUUUAAAAAAUUAAAAAUAACAAGAAAAAAUAUUAAGUUGAAUUCGUAGCAGGAUUUGAUUUCCUUUAAGUACUACAGGUUUUACCUUGAUCUGCUUAUUUGAUGGUUUCAGUUUGCAUCAUCAUUCCAAUUUUCAAUUGUACUAGUACAAAUUUUUGUAAAGCAACAGAACAAUAUUUUUUCAGUUGGAAGUAAAUUUAUUAUCAAACAGGAAAAUAAAGAAUUACAAUAGAAUUUACAGAAAAACUAUACAUAAAUACUGGGCAAACAACCAGUGUGUAAAAGAAGACAAAUUGUGCAAAUAAAAAUU